GACGACGGACGGCUCCAAGCCAUCAGGAGUGCAGUUGACGGAGGAGCUGACUCGUGUAGCGGGCGAUCUGGGUCGCUCCCUGGCUCGAUUGCACGACGGAGGGCAGGUACUGGGCGGCGUGGGGCCCGCCUCGGUGAUACUGCGGGCGGGGGACGGGGCGGUGGUGUUGGCGGACUUCAGGUGCUCGCACACAUCUAGCUUGGCGCUGGACAAGGCGCGCGAUCUAGUGGAGCUGGAGGCGGUGUUGUUGAGGCUUGGAGGAGACGCAGCUGGAUCCCGGGGGGAGCAGGAGCGGGGGCAGGAGCAGCGGGAGGCGGAGGAUGCGGGGCUGGCAAGGGCGAUGUUCGAGCGGGUCCUGGCGACCUACCGCUCCUCCUCCCGCUUUUGGUCCGCCACCCAUAAUAAGCUACCGGAGGCACGUGCCAAGCUGUUGCAGCAGCAGCAGCAGCAACAGCAGCAAGCCAACAACAACAAGCGCUCCAAGCUGGCAUCGGAGCCAGCGGCGACUGACAACGGCAACGGAUUGGUUAGCGCUGCCCCCCUGGCAGGGUAGAGCGCUAAGCGGUGCUGUUCAUUUACUGAGACACGUCGGUGCUGCAUGCAUGACUCAGGCGCUUGAGGGUGGUUGACCACGACAAGGGUAGCGCUUUCAGUGGACCGCUUUCGGUGGAUCCCGCCAGCAAAAGAACCUACUUUAUGUCGGCAACCCAUUUCACGGUAGCAGCAACGCGAUUCGAAACAUGCAUGCAUGGUACUCGGGCGGUAGUGACGGCUGCUGUGCGGUGGCACGGGUGGUGGCGGGUGUGCGUUGGCAAGGCCCCAAGCGGCAUGUGCUGAGGAGACCAGGUGACCAGGCCGCUGGGAAGAUGAUGAGAGGCUGGCGUUUAGCUGUAAGGUGGAGGCCGCUUUCCCCCCAAUACGGCAACGCAGUGCCCUACCGAUAGUUGAGAC